CGGUAACUUGAAAGCGCACGAAUCAUUCGACGAAUGCCUACCUUGGUACUCCCAAAUAUGGAGAAGGAUGCUGCUAGCCAAUCAGAGCUGAGGGCGCACAUACAAAUUCAGCUAAGUUUAAAAUCGCUUAGCACUCUCAUUCGAGUCGAGAACAACAGAACGAUGUCGGAAUAUAACUAUAGCACUUCUGAUCCAGAUGAGGAAAGUCAAGAUCUUGACUUGCGAAUCGAGGAAACGGCCACAGAAAUAAGCGGCAUGGAGACUGGUCCGAGCCAAAGUCCAGUGAGAAACCAACGUUCAAAGAAAAAGAAGCGCAUUAUUCGUCCGAUGUCUCCUGCCAGCGAAGCGGAAUCCGAGUCCAUUCUGACGACGAAAUCUGCAGUGCCAAUGGUACCAUUGAGACGGUCACCCAGAAAGAAGUCAGCACUGAGUGAGACCCACAGAAUAUUAAUGGAAAAAUCUGAUGAGGAAACAGAUGACGAAGGUCAACGCUCCUUUUUCAAGAAUGCAAGAACUAGCACACCUGUAAGAAGAUCUCCAAGAAAACAACCAACAAACAACUCCAGACAAUUACAGGAAUCGCAGUCAGAGGACGCGCUUGAUAAAGAUGACAAUCUUUACAGGAAGCAAAGAAAAGGAGCAUCAAGAGCUGAACCCUUAUUAACCCAACCAGUAGAAAAAGGAGCAUCAAGAGCUGAACCCUUAUUAACCCAACCAGUAGAAAAGGACACAACCCGUAUGACACCCUUGACGAGUAAAACGCAACAGAACAGUGUGCAAGGACAACUAAGAGAGAUAAUUCAAAAUCAGAGGGAAAUUCUUGCCCACAUUGGGAUCAUGAAAAGAGAUUUGCGAGAACUUGCACAAAAAAAAGACGAAGCACAAGCACCAGUCAGUGUCCCAAACAGAAUCAGGAUAGCUGUUAAGGAAUACUUUGCCAAUGGUGAGGACAUGGAUUUGAAAUGGGACUACCAGAAGAGAUUCUAUGACGAGGAGAAUUGUGAAUUGACUGAUUAUAUCAAGAAAAGCGUAAAGGGGGUUGCUCCUGAUGUAGCAAAUGAGGUUUUAGAAGCUGCUGUGAAGAGAUAUUUUACAUCGAAAAAGGAGGCUGCCAAUAGAAAAUCCAAGAACAAGGAUGCUUUGCACAAGCAGAGGCAAGCCACCUAUGAGAGAAAGAAAGAGAAAGUACGACGUCGACUCCAGGCAGCUGAAAAGAAAAACUGGGGAAUGGAAAAGAAAAAAAUGGUGACACAGCUAUUGAAGUCCAAGUCAGCACAUAACCUAAUGUCGAGUGAUGAAGAGGCUGACGAGGGCUUCAUAUCACACCCAUAUUCAUGGGAGAGUGAUACUUGGAGGACAGUAAAAGAAAGUUUGGACAAAAAAUAUUUGGAAGUCUGUCCGUCUAGAAGCAGGAGGCUCCUCCAGAAAAGAACCAGGGGUUCCAUUAAGGAGCAGCAAAGGCCGGACAUAGAGGAGGAGUUCUCCUGGAUUUUUGUAUAAAUUGAAAACUGUAAACCUUUUUGUAAUUAAUGAUUGGUGAAGAUUGCAUGUACUCUUUGUGUAACACAAUAUAUAUAUGUAAAUUAUGAAAAUGUAAUGUGUUUUUAUCUAAAUAGCAUUUAUCAAAAGGAAAUAUUUUCACUAAUAAACAUUUUUUG